GCAUGCGCCGCUCCGCCUUCCUCGCGCUUGGUCCGUGGCUGCAGUAGGUUAGAGGGCCCUCGCUAGGAUGGACAGCUUCUCUUCAGAUUUCUCCUCAGGCGGGCCUGGAGGAGGGAAGGUGGACUCCGGGAUGAUCAUGGAGCAGGUGAAACUGCAAAUCGCCGUGGCAAACGCACAGGAACUUUUACAGAGAAUGACUGAUAAGUGUUUCAGAAAGUGUAUUGGCAAGCCAGGAAGUUCACUGGACAACUCUGAACAGAAAUGUAUAGCAAUGUGUAUGGAUCGAUACAUGGAUGCCUGGAACACAGUAUCACGGACGUAUAACUCCAGACUACAACGAGAGCGAGCUCAAAUGUAGCUGCACGGCAGAAGAGGAAAGGAAUAGCUUCGACUGUAUUUGUACGUGGAGAGAAGACCUCGAGUAAGGGAGAAAUGUACGCAAAGUAAAUGUGUAUGUCUGAGAGAAAAGUGGCUAAACUGCCUAGGUUAUAACACAAUUGUGUCAGCCUGUAUUCUGUGGACUUAAUUAUGAUCAUAAUAAAAGUAGAUGAUUGUGAA